AUGCAGCUCUCUCGUGGUCGAGGUGUUUACCGGCAACGGCCCAGCUCGAACCGUGGUCGGAAAAAGCCUGGUCAAGUCUCGGCCGACGGUCUUCACGGCCUCCGCCAGGCUCCAGCUCGUCAAGAGACCAGCUUCGACAGAUCACCACCGACGCCCCCGCCUAAGCGGUAUUGGUCGCGAUUCCUACAAAUCACUGGAGGCUUCACGCUCGUGACGGUGGGGACGCUGGGCGUGCUCUUCUAUCUCGCCAAAAAGGAAAAGACCCCGGGCGCGCAACUCCCUCAUGACCCUGAAAAGAAGACGCUUGUUGUGUUGGGCAGCGGAUGGGGUGCGACGAGUCUGUUGAAGUCGCUGGACACGACGGAUUACAAUGUGAUUGUGAUCAGUCCGAAGAACUACUUCCUCUUUACCCCGCUCCUACCCAGCGUCGCGGUUGGCACUCUGAACCCGCGUUCCAUCAUUCAACCGACGCGUUAUGUCACGCGUCAUAAGGCGCGACAAGUCUCCGUCAUCGAGGCUUCUGCUACCGAGGUCGACCCGAUCAACAAGACUGUUACUUUUGCAGACACCUCGGAGAUCCAGGGCCAGGUUGCGAAGACGACAGUCAAGUUCGACUACCUCGUGUUUGGAGUUGGUGCGGAAGUACAGACCUUCAAUAUCCCCGGUGUGCAGGAGAAUGCGUGCUUCAUGAAGGAGUUGGAGGAUGCAGAGAAGAUGCAACGCCGUUUCUUGGACUGCCUGGAGUCCGCCGCAUUCCCCGGCCAGACGGCUGAGGAGGUGAACCGCUUGCUGCACAUGGUUGUGGUUGGCGGUGGUCCCACUGGCAUUGAAGUCAGCGGUGAGAUUCAUGACUUCCUUGAGGAGGAUCUUCGCUCGUGGUACCCCGAGCUUGCGAACAAUAUCCGUAUCACGCUCGUCGAGGCGCUCCCCUCCGUGCUGCCCAUGUUCAGCAAGCAGCUGAUCGACUAUACCGAGUCGACGUUCAAGGAGGCCAAGAUUGACAUCCUCACAAAGACAAUGGUGAAGGAGAUCAAGGAGAAGAGCGUCGUGCUGCAGACGCCCGACAAGAGCAUUAUCGAGGUGCCGUGCGGGCUCGUCGUUUGGGCGGCUGGUAACAAGCUGCGCAAGGUGACUCAGGAUCUCAUGGCCAGGCUGCCUCAGGACCAGACCAACCGGAGAGGUAUCACUGUCAAUGGUAUAGCCAUGCAUGCUAACUAUCCCUCAGAGCACCUUCGCAUGGCGGGUACUGAUGGUAGCAUCUUCGCGAUUGGCGAUUGCACUGCAACGUCGUAUGCGCCGACGGCACAGGUCGCGUCGCAGCAGGGCGCAUACCUCGCGCGCAUCUUCGCGCAGCUCGCGAAGCGCGACUCGCUCGAGGCGCGCCUGACUCAGCUGCGCUCCGCCGCGUCGUCGGACGAGGGCCGCGUUGAGAUCGAGACAAUCGAGAAGCAGCUCGUGAAGGCGGAGAAGCUACGUCCGUUCCAGUACUCGCACCAGGGCUCGCUCGCGUACAUCGGCUCGGACAAGGCGAUUGCGGACCUGCCCUUUUUCAAUGGCAACUUCGCGUCGGGAGGUGUCGCUACGUUCCUCUUCUGGCGUAGUGCCUACCUGAGCACUCUGUUCUCGGCCCGUAACCGUACUCUCGUUGCCACUGACUGGAUCAAGGUCAAGCUCUUCGGGCGUGACGUGAGCCUUGGUUCUAUAGAUGCCGAACCUGGUCUACUUGUAGUACCUUCAUGUUAG